UCCUAUCAAUUGUUCCGCUUUCCCAUCUGUUCCAACUUUUAUUCCUCCCCGUGUCUCUCCUCCCACUCGGUGGACGGUCAGACGUUAACAGCCUCCGAUCAGUCGCCGUCAGCCAUGUUGUUGGUGUGACACACUCACACUGAGCUGUCAGCAACAGGUUCUCGGAGUAACACUGCUGCUAAACUUUAACAUUUAUCCCCACAAAUACUGCUCUCCUUGGAUAAUAAACCUUUACGGUGUGUCUGGGAAACUGUCUUGAAGUGGUGGAUGAUAACUUCAGGCCCGUCGGAAGCUCGGAAGUUGAUGUUUUGUGGCCGUGGUGAGAGAGAUGGCCUCGAGCAAUAACUGAGGACGCCGACAGGAGUUCCCCCUCUGUACCUCUGCCGCCUGCAAAAAUGAAUGGGGGUCCAAGUAUAUGGGCGAUCACUCCUGAGGAGAGGGUCAAACAUGAUCAGAAGUUUGACACCCUCUCCCCAUCGAUGGGCUUUGUGUCAGGGGAACAAGCAAGGAAGUUUCUCCUCCAAUCAGGACUGCCUGCUUCAGUUUUGGCUGAGAUAUGGGCUCUGGCUGACAUGAAUAAAGAUGGGAAGAUGGAUAGGUUGGAGUUUUCCAUCGCUAUGAAGCUCAUAAAGUUAAAACUUCAGGGUGCAUCGCUUCCCUCAGCACUGCCAAUCAUCAUGAAGCAGCCUCCAGUGCCUGUUCCCAGCCUCAAUAACCCCACCAUACCCUUGACCAGCCCAGCCUAUGGAAUGGCUUCUGUGCCAAACAUGUCCCUGAUGCCUGGGACCAACCUUGCCAUGUUGAACCCUAUCACCAUGGCAACCCCUGGACUCUCACCUUUGACACCAAUGACGGGCUUCUCCACUUUGGUUCCUACAGCAACAGGCCUGAGCCCUCUAAUGGCCUCCACCGCCUCCAGGCCCCUGAUGCCCACCAUGGGAAGCGCCACACUGCCAAACGGCACCAUUGGAAUUCUACAUCCACUUCCAGCUGGAGCUUUGGCUACUGGGGUACCUCGCUCUGCAUCCCCCUACUCCUCUCCACUUGGAUUCUCCUCUUCUGGUAUGAACAAGGCCUCAUCACUGCUGGACCUAGGAUCUAUCAGCUCCACGUCCUCAUCCCCCUUGGCUACUGUUCCCAGCGACUGGGCCGUGCCACAUGCCUCGAGACUCAAAUACAGACAGCAGUUCAACAGCUUGGAUAAACAAAUGACAGGAUACCUCAGUGGUCAGCAGGUGAGGGGUGCCAUGGCGACCACGAUGCUGACUCAGUCGCAGCUAGCUUCCAUCUGGACUUUAGCUGAUGUGGAUAAGGACGGCAAGUUAAAAGCUGACGAGUUUAUUCUGGCAAUGCAUCUCGUGGACAUGGCAAAGACUGGCCAACAUCUGCCACUAACCCUGCCAACUGAACUGGUACCACCCUCACAAAGGAGUACAGUGAACGGGUCCAGCUCUUCUCUCUAUGUCACGACUGAUGACUUGGUCAUAGAACCGCCGCAGAGUGCCAAACCCAAGAUGUCGUUCGAGGAUAAAUUCAAGGCCAACUUGGAGCGAGGGAAUGCAGAACUUGAGAAAAGACGACUGGCGAUGCAAGAGGUGGAGAGAAGGGAGAGGGAGCGGCACGAACAGAAGGAGAGAGAGGAGCGAGAGAAGAAAGAGAAGGAGGCCCGGGAGGCAGAGGAGAGGAGAAGGAAAGAAGAGGAGAGGAGAUUGGAGCGACAGAGGGAGCUGGAGAGGCAGAUAGAAGAAGAGCUAGAGAGGGAGAAGGAGAGAAAAGAGGCUGCACAGCGGGAGCUCGAGCGUCAGAGGAAAGAGGAGUGGGAGAAGAGGCGGCGUGGAGAGCUCCAGAUAAAGAAGGAGCAGGAGCAGGAUGAUAUCAUCAAAUUAAAAGCUAAGAAAAGGAGUCUUGAGAUGGAGCUGGAGGCUGUGGGUAACAAGCAUCGUCAGAUCUCAGACCGGCUGCGUGACUUUCAGAACAAGAAGAAGCUUCAGAAGACGGAGAUGGAUCUGAUCAAUCAAAGGAAAGAAACACGCCAGCAGGACAUUAACAACCUGCAGAAACAGCUCGAGGAGUUCCAGAGGAAGUUGUCCCAGCUGACUCCAGAGCAGAAGAGACUGACUGAGAAACUCAGAAACAUGUCCAUGAAUAACUUGCCGGUGUCAACCAUGUCCACCCUGAAGAUGGGUGUUACAGAGAGAAAAGGCAAAUGUGUGAAGCUGCGAGAGCAGCUGGAAUCUCUGGAGAAAGAGACCGCUGCCCAUCUGUCUGAGAUGGACCAGUACAACAAAGAUGUGCAGGAACUGAGAGAGAGCCAGAGAAAACAGCAGGCGGCACUUGAGAAUCUACGGAGCAUCAAAGAGGACAAACGGCGUGAGCUGAGUCGAAGGAUGGAGGAAGAAGAGGAGAGAAGGAGGAGGGAAGAGGAGAGGAAACAACAGGAGAUGGAAGCUCAGAGGCGUAUUAAGAUGGAAAAAGAUCGCCAAUGGCAGGAGAAGCUGAGGAAGGAUGAAAUGGAGCGUCAGAGGAGGCUUCAGGAGGAGAAAGAGGCCAGGCAGAGGGAGGAGGAGGAGAGAGAGAGACUGGCUCUCAUCCAGGCGGCCAAAGAGCAGGCCGAACAAGAGCUCAGAGCAAGGGAGGAGGCAGAGCGGAAGAUAAGAGAGGUGGAGGAGAGGAAGAAAAGAGAAGAGGAGGAGCGGCAGAAGCAAGCAGAGAGACGGAGGCAGGAGGAGGAGAGGAGAAAGCUGGAGGAGGAGAGGCGGCAGCUGGAAGAAGAAAGGAGGAAACUAGAGGAAGAGCGGAAGAAAGAGGAGAAGAGAUGGAAAGAAGAGGAGGAGCGACGCAUGAGGGAGGAGGAGAAGAAGAGGCUAGAGGAGGAACAGAGAGAGGAGGAGCGCAGAAGAGAGAAGGAGGAGGAGGAGAGGAGGCGAGAGCGGGCGGCCAUGGCCGCCGUCCGAGAUUCGGAGGAGAGGAGAAAGCGAGAAGAGGGGGAGAGAAAGAAAAGGGAGGAGGAGGAGAGGAGAAAGAGGGAGGAAGACAUGGCGAAGCUUCAGCAGCAACAGCAGGACGAGGAUAGGAGGAAGCGUGAGGAGGAAAGAAAGAGGGCAGAAGAGAUGAGGAUGAGAAAAGAGGAAGAACAGGAGAGGAGGAAAGCUGAGGAGGUGAGAAAGAGGAAGGAAGAGGCACCUCGUCAGCGGCAGCAUCUGAGUGCAGGAGGGAAGGUGGAUGUUCACGCUCUGCUGAGAGGACUGGAGGAGAGGAAAGGUGGGCAACCUAGGGCCACUGAACACAGGAAGUCAGCUGCUCUCACAUCCUUCAAAGCUCUCUACCCGUUCACUGCGCGAAACAAUGAAGAGCUCAACAUCAGUGCAGAUGAUAUCAUUGAGGUAAGAUUGAAGAUCUUGAGGAGGAAUGGGGGGGGCAAGGUGGUGGGUAACCUGUUGGCCCAGGCACUGUGUUCAUGGACAGCAAAGACAGAAAACCAUCUGAACUUCAAUAAAGACGAUGUCAUUCAGGUGUUGGAGCAGCAGGAGAACUGGUGGUUGGGAGAGCUGAACAGUGAACGGGGCUGGUUCCCCAAAACAUAUGUGACAUUGCUGGGAGAAGAAGAGAGUUCAGACAUGAAGAGCUCCCUUGCUGAUGCUUCGGAGACUAGCGACAGCCUGCAGCUUGAAGAAUACACAGCGCUGUACACCUAUGAGUCUCCGGAGCAUGGUGAUCUGACGUUUGGAGAGGGAGAUGUGAUCUUGGUGAGCAAGAAAGAGGGAGAGUGGUGGCAUGGCUCUAUAGGCGAAAGCACAGGCGUCUUCCCCAGCAACUACGUCAAACCUAAAGAGACAGAUACAUUAAGUAUAUCUGCAAAGAAGAAGCCAGUGAUCGCCCAGGUAAUUAGGGCCCGACCCUCUACCCGCCCUGAACAGCUGAAUCUGGAAAAUGGCCAGCUCAUCCUCAUCCUUGGCAAGAACGCCUCUGGCUGGUGGCUCGGAGAACUGCAGGCCCGUGGUAAAAAGCGUCAGAAGGGCUGGUUUCCUGCCUCUCAUGUCAAAGUAUUGGGAUCCAACAGCGGCAUGUCCACACCAGCACCCCAACCAGUCUGUCAGGUGAUAGCCAUAUACGACUACACAGCAGCCAACGGCGAUGAGAUGAGCUUCUCCAAAGGGCAGCUGAUCGCCGUUCUUGACAAAAACGACCCUGAUUGGUGGAAAGGAGAAAUUAACGGGGUCACUGGUCUUUUCCCCACCAAUUACGUUAAGAUGACCACGGCGGAUUGUGACCCCAGCCAGCAGUGGUGUGCAGACCUGAAAAGUCUGGACCAAAUGAGCUCCCAGGAAAAGAAGAGACAGGGUUACAUCCAUGAGCUGAUCCAGACUGAGGAGAGAUACGUGGAAGACUUGCAGAUAGUGCUGGAGGUUUUCCAUAAGCCUAUGUCAGAGUCGGGCCGGCUGAAUGAUGCAGAGAUGGUCAUGAUAUUUGUCAACUGGAAGGAACUGCUGGCCUGCAACUCUAAAUUUCUGAAGGCACUACGUGUGCGUAAGAAGAUGGGCGGGGAGAACAUGCCAGUCCCGAUGAUUGGGGAUAUCCUGGCCGCGGAGCUGUCCCACAUGCAGCCCUACAUCCGCUUCUGUUCGUGCCAGAUCAACGGAGCAACACUGCUCCAGACGCGCAUCGACAACGAGCCAAACUUUAAGGACUUCCUCAAGAAAAUUGCCACAGACUACAGGUGUAAAGGCAUGCCGCUCUCCAGCUUCCUGCUGAAACCCAUGCAGAGGAUCACACGCUACCCGCUGCACAUCAAAAACAUCCUGGAGAGCACGCCAGAGGGCCAUGCUGACCGAGGUCCUCUGAAAGAGGCUCUGGAAAGGGCAGAGGAACUCUGUCAACUGGUAAACGAGGGCGUGAGAGAAAAGGAGAACUCUGACAGACUGGAAUGGAUUCAGAACCACGUUCAGUGUGAUGGUGCUGCAGAGAACCUGGUCUUUAACUCUCUUACCAACUGUUUGGGCCCAAGGAAACUGCUCCACAGUGGCAAGAUGAACAAGGUAAAGAGCAACAAGGAACUCUGGGCCUUCCUCUUUAGUGACUUUCUGCUUUUGACCCAUGCGACUAAACAGUUGAGCUCGUCUGGGCCUGAUAAACUGUUCAGCAACAGAAACAAUGUACAGCUCAAGAUGUACAAGCCGCCUGUGCUGCUAAAUGAAGUUCUGGUUAAGCUGCCAGAUCCAUCGAGCGACGAACCCAUUUUCCACAUCUCACACAUCGAUAGAGUCUAUAUCCUCAGGACCGACAACAUUAAUGAACGGACGGCCUGGGUGCAGAAGAUUAAGGCUGCAUCUGAAGAAUUUAUUGAGACAGAAAAAAAAAAAAGGGAAAAGGCCUAUCAAGGACUCUAUGUCACCGUCUUGGAGGCCACUGAACUCAAGCCAGGCAAACCCAAUGGUAAAAGUAACCCUUACUGUGAAGUGAGCAUGGGAGCUCAGAUAUUCACGUCCAGAACACUCAACGAAACUGUGAACCCCAAGUGGAACUUCAACUGUCAGUUCCACAUUAAAGACCUUUACCAGGACGUCCUGUGCAUCACCAUUUUUGAAAGAGACCAGUUUUCACCUGAUGACUUUCUGGGUCGGACAGAGGUUCCUGUGGCGACCAUAAAGAAAGAGUUUGAAAACAAGGGACCAGUAACACGUCGUCUUCUGCUGCACGAGGUUCCUACAGGGGAAGUGUGGGUCCGCCUCGACCUGCAGCUCUUUGGCAACAAAUAGACACAAUAGGAUGAACUGAAAUAAUAAUGGAGUCUUCUACCGAGACAUCUAAAUAAGGAUAUUAUCCUCCUGCAGAGAGUAACCCAAUAAGAGAGGCCGCUUUUUGUCACCUAAAUAACCCACAUGCCUAACAUGGAUACCAAUAUCAAACAAAACACCCCUGAACUGAACACAAAUCACACCCUAAUGUUUUAAUAUUAACCGGUACUAAUAAUACCUGAUGUCAUCUGAAUCUUCCACUGGAUUAGAGUCUGAGUGACAUCAUCUGAUACCACCAAUAAGAGUCAGAUCCCCCCUUUUUUUCUGGUUGAUGAACCCUGAUAGAACGAGUAGCACGACAGCCGCAGCUGUUUGCACCUGCAUGAUAUCUACUGUACUAAUGGUAAAAGCAACAACUGCUGCCUGAGUUCUUAAACAGUGGAGACCAAGUGUGUCAUGAGGACUAAUCUGUAAUAAUGUUUAGCCUUCAGAGGGAGGUAGAACUGGACAAAGACGGCUUAGAAACAAAUAAUCCUAUGUUAAGAAAUCAAUUAAAACCAUUAAUAUAAUGGAUCUGCGCUGUAUCUCAAUAGUUGAAUUUGACGUGUUCAAUGAUUGAGAAACACUGCCAAGUCUGGUCAACCAUUUAACAAGUCGAACUUGAGGGUUUUCUCUUAACUUACAAGAUAUGUACAUGUUGACUUUUUUUCUGGAUGAGGUUGUGACUGACGGCUUUCAAGAGACUCUGUCUGAUCUGUAACAUCUUGUCACUGUGACAUUAGGCGCAUCAUAAACUGGGGAUCACGGACUCUGUUAACACAGACAAGAAGUUUUUUGUCAGUUGCUCUGGUCUGAAGUCAGUUUACUACUGUUAGAUAGCUGAUCUCAGGACACGUUCUUCUGGGUUUAAUCUGUCACUGUUAUAAUGUGGAGGAUUUUGAGGAUGUUAAUAUUUUGAGGCAACACAGAUUGGCAGAUUGGUAGCAAUAAUAAACAGUAUUUACUCACUUGUAUUUUUGUUCUUUACAUUUUCAUCCUGCCAGACAGAUUGGUAUGUGUCUUUCUCUAGUCCCCGCCUCACUCAAUAUUGUCCGUCUCUGUUGCCUCAAAACGUUUUCCUUUAUAAAUAUCUGAACAUCAAAACUUAACAAGGACGUAGUGCGUAAAAGGUUUUGAUUUAUGUUGUCAGUUAACUUUUUGGUGUCUUCUGUCUCAUUUUGACUUUUUUCUCUUUUGCAUUCAGUUUCUUUUCUAACUGAGCGCCUGCUGUAUUUAUUUUUUAAUUUAUGUGUGUGUGACUAUCCAAAGGCUUGGAGCGGCUGUGCUUGCUGUGUCAUCUUGGAUAAUCAGUUGGUAUCCACUGGGUUUGUUUUGUUUGACGUCUGUGUUCAUCAGACACACAAUACUGUUUUGACAAUAGGCAAUAUAACAUCUUAGAUGAUUAUCUGCGAUUGAGUUUUACUGUAAGUAGACUAGGUCACUAGUCAUUUUGUUUUGUACUACUUUUGUAUUCUAUUAAUUUGUUUUAUUCAAUCCACAAAACUCAGUUUUUAAGUCCUGUUUUAACUUUGAUGAUUCUUUGAAUUUGUGGAAAUUGCGCAAAUAGACUGGACUACCUUCCUCGUCAAUGUAGGGGUGUUAAAGUUUGUUUUACUUUUGAUUUUUCCGCAGCCUUCUGCAUUGACUGCUGCUGUGCUAACUGAGUUUAUGGCCUCUCCAACCCAGAUUGUCUGAUCAGCGUGGAGUCUGUUACUUGCUGUUUGCUCUUACUUUGGCCUUCAUGUUGCACUCUCUGAAUCAGGGUUUCUUAAGUCAAAUUAAAGUCAUUAAAAGUGAAAAAAA